AAUUACAAUGCGAAUGCUGGGGCUUACUGUGUUGACUGCGAUCACCACGGUUGCCGCGUCUCCAGGACACGGUCACUUCCUUGACUAUCCCCGCCUCGCUUCCACCUGUAGCUUCCUUUUUUUUUUUUUUUUUGAUACAGUCUCACUCUGUGGCCAGCCUGGAGUACAGUGGUGCGAUGUCGGCUCACUGCAACCUCCGCCUCCUGGGUUCAAGCGAUUCUCCUGUCUCAGCCUCCAGAGUAGCUGGGAUUACAGGCGUCUGCCACCACGCCCGGGUAAUUUUUUUGUAUUUUUAGUCGAGACGGGGUUUCGCCAUGUUGGCCAGGCUGGUCUCGAACUCCUGACCUCAGGUGAUCCGCCCGCCUCGGCCUCCUAAAGUGCUGGGAUUACAGGCGUGAGCCUCCGCGCCCGGCCGGUAAGCUUCCUCUUCUCUGCUCUCAUCACCUGUACACGGGUUUUUUCCUCACGUCAACUCUGUGAUGGACUGGAAUGUUUUCUUCAGAUGUGGGUAAUUUAAAGGGGGCAUUUUUACAAGAAACAAAAAAAACUCGGUUUGUUCGGAGGCAAGUUUUAAAUCAGGGUUCAUUUUUUAAUAUUGAUGAAUCCUUCAAUAAUUGUAUGUUUACUGCUGCCCUUCGCGAGCAAGCCUGAGAAGCGCGGGCUCGACAUCCCCGCGCGCCCCCGCCGCCCGCCCCCAAGGCCGGCGACGCUGGAGCGCAUGUCCUGAGGCCCAGGACCGUGGUCGGCCGCUUUCGCACCUUCGUGGCCAGCAGAGGGCGCAGCCGGCCAGCCCCCGCAGCGAAAGAUCCCCGAGUGCCGCGUCAGCGAUCGCGCUCCUUGCCCUCGCCGCCUGCCAGCCGCCCUGAGUCAGCAAACCACAGAGAGGCGAGGACCUCCCAUUUUCCUAGACAGAACAAGUGGGCGUUGGGGGUACGGCAUUGGCAUCAACAAAAGUCAGAAUUCCCGGGAACUUGAACAGAGGCUGCUAAAUUCCCAGUAAUUGCUCCUUUGGCCUUCUAGGGACUGACUUCAAAGAAGGAAGGAAAGAAUCAGUGCUUCCUCAUUCUCUUUUAAAACCCGCUUCCCGCUGAGUCUGCACCCAGGAGACCAGAGAGCACCUUGCCCUUCCAUGGAAACUCAGGCCGAUCUCGUAUCUCAGGAACCUCAGGCCCUGCUUGACAGUGCUCUUCCUUCAAAAGUUCCUGCCUUUUCCGACAAGGACAGCCUGGGGGAUGAGAUGUUGGCAGCUGCGCUCCUAAAGGCCAAGUCCCAGCACGUGUUGUUUCAGGAGCUGGUAACCUUUGAGGAUGUAGCUGUGUACUUCAUCCGGAAGGAGUGGAAGCGUUUGGAACCUGCUCAGAGGGACCUCUAUAGAGAUGUGAUGCUGGAGAAUUACGGGAAUGUGUUCUCACUGGAUCGUGAGACCAGGACUGAAAAUGAUCAAGAAAUUUCUGAAGACACAAGAUCACAUGGGGUCCUACUGGGAAGAUUUCAAAAGGAUAUUUCUCAGGGUCUCAAGUUUAAAGAAGCCUAUGAACGAGAAGUCAGUCUGAAAAGGCCGCUGGGGAACUCCCCUGGAGAAAGACUGAACAGGAAAAUGCCAGAUUUUGGUCAAGUGACAGUUGAGGAGAAGCUAACCCCCAGGGGAGAGAGAAGCGAGAAAUAUAAUGAUUUUGGGAACAGCUUCACUGUGAAUUCCAACCUUAUCUCACAUCAGAGACUCCCCGUGGGAGACAGACCCCAUAAGUGUGAUGAAUGUAGCAAGAGCUUUAAUCGAACUUCAGACCUUAUUCAACAUCAGAGAAUCCACACUGGGGAAAAGCCCUAUGAAUGUAAUGAGUGUGGGAAGGCCUUCAGCCAGAGCUCACACCUUAUUCAGCAUCAGAGAAUCCACACUGGGGAAAAACCUUAUGAAUGUAGUGAUUGUGGGAAAACCUUCAGCUGUAGCUCUGCCCUCAUUCUGCAUCGGAGGAUCCACACGGGGGAAAAACCCUAUGAAUGUAAUGAGUGUGGGAAGACCUUCAGCUGGAGCUCCACCCUCACCCACCAUCAGAGAAUCCACACUGGUGAGAAACCCUACGCCUGCAAUGAAUGUGGGAAGGCCUUCAGCAGGAGCUCAACCCUUAUUCACCAUCAGAGAAUCCACACUGGAGAAAAACCCUAUGAAUGUAAUGAAUGUGGGAAAGCCUUCAGCCAGAGCUCACACCUCUAUCAGCACCAGAGAAUCCACACUGGAGAGAAGCCCUACGAAUGUAUGGAAUGCGGAGGAAAGUUUACCUACAGUUCAGGCCUUAUUCAGCAUCAAAGAAUCCACACCGGGGAGAACCCCUAUGAAUGUAGUGAGUGUGGGAAAGCCUUCAGGUACAGCUCGGCUCUUGUUCGCCAUCAGAGAAUUCACACUGGAGAGAAGCCUUUGAAUGGGAUCGGCAUGAGUAAAAGCUCCCUCAGAGUUACGACCGAGUUAAAUAUCAGAGAUUCUACGUGAAAGAGCCACACACCCAUUUUCCUCACUUCCCCUGAGUCUCAAGAGCUCUUGCCUUACCCUAUAAAUCUCAACAGCUUAGGAUGUGUCCCUUUCAACUCAGACCUUUCAUUUUAGAGAAUGGGGCAGAUGGGGCAAAUCGUUGAAUUUUCCCAGAAAUCACACCAGCCUUAGAAAGCGACAAGGCAAGUGGAUGGCGUGCUGGGAAUAGAAAGCAGCUUUGGGACCAGUUACCCCAUUUAGGAAAGGAGUUUGCACUAAACUGUUUUUCUCACAGCAGAGGAACCUUUCCAAGGUGGGGAUGGAAGCACAGUCGGGACAGAAUUCGAUGGAUUCCUUUAGUUGGGAGUCCGCGUAGUCAGCACAGACGGCAGUGGAAAGGACGCUCUGGGUCCUGUUAUUUGCUAGGGAGGGUAAAGGGAGACUAUUUCAAAGCUACUCUUCCUAGUCCAGCUUUAAGUUUCGGUAAGAAACAUGCUGUUUUGUUUCAUGAUUUCGUUAAUUAUGGAAAUUUGGCAUUGAGGGAUUAUUUUAUUGAGGGUAGAAGAGAUUUCAGAAUCAUCACCUGUGAUGAUGGUGUCCUUUAGGGCUCUUGGAGCAGCCAGACCAUGUUUCCAAGAGAAACCUGGUGAUACUGCCAGCAGACCCCCUGCCCUCCUCCCCAGUUGUCCUGGGGCUGAAUGGGCAAAUCUAUCCAAACAGCUAGUAACCGGCUGUGAGGGAGAGGGUCAGAAGCACUUAGCGUUGGCCUCUGAUUGCUGUCCUCUCUUGUCCUCUUCCCACUCCAAUGAGGAAAAUGAUUUUCUCUAAAUGCCUGGGUAAGGAUGCUUUCAAGGAGCUCACUCGGCCUGCUUGCCCUGCCCUCUCACCUCUGACACCCAGCCCCAGGAGCCAGACCACUCCUGCCUCCACCUCUGACUCUUCAGCAGCUGAAGAUUAAUGCAGAUAAAGAGCAAAGCCAAAAAGGGAGAAAAAAAAACCAAAAAAACGAAGCCCAGAGAAGGCAGGCUGUGCCUGAGCCUGGUGGCAGAGCUCGUUGCUGGGUGAGGAUGGCGCUCCCCGAGUUUUCCCAACCGACGGGAUGACCUUCCAUUGUGUUUUCCCAACCCUGCUCAUCCUGUAGCAUAAAUGAAGUGCACUAUUAAACAGAAUAGUUUUUCAGAAGA